UAAACUAAUUUUCAGGUGGGAUGAAACAAAGCAAGUUAUCCUUCCUUCCAAUGCAAAAAAAGCAGACAAAGAAUAAUUCAUUGUCAGGUUCUGAACCUGAGUUAGAAAUAUCCAGUGGAUCUGAUUUUUCUGAUUUUGUACCAGAGACGAAACAAGUAGCAUCAAAAAGGAUUGCAGCGUCCAAAGUGAAAUACAAUUUUGACAGUGAAAAUGAAAUGGAUGAACCUGAAAACUCUGGAGAUGAAAGUUUUAACCUUAAUGAUGAACCUGUUGAGAGGGGUCAUAAACCAAUGAGGUUACUGCUAGAAGAAAGUGAAGAAGAAAAUGCAGCUUCUACGAGUAAUAAUAUUAAUUCCAAAAAAAGUAAGAAGGCUGUGAAAGGUCAUCAAAAGAAAAAUGACGGAAAAACUUCACCUGUGAUGCAGAUUUCAGACAGUGAGGAUGAGGUGAAGGAUGCCAUUCCAACCAUACAGAUACAUCCAGCUGAAUCAGAAGGUUCUUCAGAAAAAGAAGUACCAAACAUUGAUAAUACAGGUUCUUCAUUACAAGUAAAACCAGCUGUUACUAAAGCUAAAAAGAACAUCAACAAAAAAGCCACUACCCAGAAAAGGCCACACAAAAAGGCAGAAUCUGAUGAUUCCGAUGACGAGUUUAACCCAAAACACGUCAAGUCAGUUUCAGCAGGGCCUUCUAAAAACAAAAAGGCCAGAACUGAAGAUUUUGAGCCAGUUAAAAGGGUAACAAAAAAGAAGACUGCUACCAAGAGAGUUGACAGUGAUGAAGAAGUUGUUAUACCAGAUUCGGACAGUCCACUACCACCACCGAGAUCUCAUGCUGCUCGUUCACGUGCAAGAAUAGUAUAUAACUUUGAUGACUCAAGUGACGGAGAGAUGUAAAAGUGAUAGCUUUGAAUUUAGCUGGUCAAGUUACAAGAAAGAAACUUUGACUUUGCCAUGUGGUAAACUGCUGGGGUGUAUUUAAUUUUUUUGCAAACACCUUUUUCAUUUUUAAAUAAUUGUAAAUUUAAUUCAUAUCAGUUUAGAAAGGAAAAGUAAUAUUUUCGCUGUAGCUUUAAAAGUAAAUCUAAUGGAAAUGUGUCUUUUUAUUUUAUUAUUAUAGUUUCUGGUUUUAGAGUAUAGGAAGAAUGUUUGAACUUGACUUGCACAGUUAAAAAUACUGCUAAUGUUACUGUGCCUUGUUAGAUGUAUAUUCUGUGAUUGUGCAUUUGAUACUUUGAAUCUUGAAGCAAUUUUUAGUAUUUUAUAAACUUUGGUUUUUUACUAGUAAUUGUAUGUUAUUGUCCUUGGUCAGACUUUUUGUUUCAUGAUUUGUUAUUUUAUUGUCUAUAGGUGAUUGUGUUUUUGGAUUUUAUAAACUGUUAAUUUUUGUAUCUUCUUGUCCUUGGUCAGAUUUUUUGUUUUUGUAACUUAUCAUCACUGUAUUCAAGAAUCACUUUUGUAACAUUCUGAAAUGUACUCCAUUGUGUAUAGACAUCAAAUUGUAGUGUUCUACCCCUGUUUUAGGCUUGAUUAUCGAUGCAUAUAUAUUAAAAAACUAUAACAUUUAUUUGUUUGGUCUUCAUUUUUGUCUUGGAAUGUUUUUGUUUGUUUUUUUAAGGUAGAAAAAAAUGAGGAAUAAGAAUUUAUUCUGUUCCAAAAUUUGUGUUAAUCUGAUCUAUCUCUAUACCUAAUUGGCUUUUAUUUCAUUCUUUCGCACUAAGAUAUCUUUAAAAUUCUGUUUGUAAAUACAAGACUGAAAAUGGCUUAUCAACUAAAAGUGAACAUAACAAGAAAAAAUGUAUUACCUCAUAGAAAAGAAGUUAAAAAUUAAAUACAUCAGUUGAUUGUAGAGUAGUUAAAUAACAGCUGAGGUUGAUUUGAUAUAUAAAUGCAUGUUGUAUUCUCAAUGUUACAUUGAUUAUCUAUUCAGACAAUGGUAGUAACUUUAAAUAACAGGACCAACAGAAAAAUUGUUAUGAAGUAACUCAGAGUUUCUGACAGAUUUAGUUGAAAGGAGUGACUGGACACAAUUUAAACAAAGAGCUAAUUAAUCUUCAUUCACAACAAAGUGAACACAUCCACUUUACAAUUUUUUUGUUAACACAACGAGAGUACAAAAUUCACUAUCUUGUUUUUAAGGUUUGUUUUGCUUGGAGUUUAAUAGAGUAGCAUCAUCUCUCUCGGCAUCCACGUUAUUCUCAUUCAUUCCAACAAUUAAAGUGAGAAGAAAAAUUCCAUGAGGUAUCGGGAGAUUUGUAGUUAUUAAGAUCAGUGUCAACAUGUACACACUGUAUUCUGUCUAUACUAUUAUAAUCUUUCCCAUGUACCAAAAGGACAAUGUGUAACUGUUUGCAGCAAAUUAGCCAAGUUUUACAGCCAACUCUAGUGUUAAACCAAAAUACAUCCCU